AUGUCGGGCAGAGGUAGAGGCGGAUUCACACGUAGUUUUUGGGAGGGAGGAAUUAUCAAGGUGCAGAUCCCAACUAGGAACCAGUUGAGAUCCGUUGCAAUCGCUGCCCUGAAAUACAUGGACUGGAAAGUGAAAUUGGUCUUUUCACUGACUCAGCAAGGAAAGCGUAACGAGGAUUCCACGUCCCGGUCAGUUGCAUUGCUGUGA